GAGCGCCCGGGCUGCUGCUCCGUUCCCGCUCGCUCCUUCUCCCUCACCCGCUACAGCCCGUGUGCCGGCGCCCAGGCAGACUCGCCGCGCCCCUGCCGGUCCCGCUGGGCACUCGGAGGGCAGCCCACCGCAGGCCAAAGUUUCCCCGGCAGGGUCCCCCCCGCCGCUCCCCCGUCCCGGCGACCUCCGUCCCGGCUGCAGCGGCCCCGCCGGCCCGCGCGGCUCUCCACGCGGCGACAACUUCGGAGAAGGCGAUCGGCGCUGGGUCCCUGCAGCGGACAGCGGUGGCAGCAGCGGCAGCGGCAAUGACUCCCUGGCUCGGGCUCGUGGUGCUCCUGGCUGGCUGGAGCCUGGGGCACUGGGGUGCCGAGGCGUGCACGUGCUCGCCCAGCCACCCCCAGGACGCCUUCUGCAACUCCGACAUCGUGAUCCGGGCCAAGGUGGUGGGGAAGAAGCUGGUGAAGGAAGGCCCCUUUGGCACACUGGUCUACACCAUCAAGCAGAUGAAGAUGUACCGAGGCUUCACUAAGAUGCCGCACGUGCAGUACAUCCACACGGAAGCCUCUGAAAGUCUCUGCGGCCUGAAGCUAGAGGUCAACAAGUACCAGUACCUGCUGACAGGCCGCGUCUACGAUGGCAAAGUGUACACGGGGCUGUGCAACUUCGUGGAGCGGUGGGACCAGCUCACUCUCUCCCAGCGCAAGGGGCUGAACUAUCGCUACCACUUGGGCUGCAACUGCAAGAUCAAGUCCUGCUAUUACCUGCCUUGCUUUGUGACCUCCAAGAACGAGUGUCUCUGGACCGAUAUGCUCUCCAAUUUCGGUUACCCUGGCUACCAGUCCAAACACUAUGCCUGCAUCCGGCAGAAGGGUGGUUACUGCAGCUGGUACCGAGGAUGGGCCCCCCCAGACAAGAGCAUCAUCAAUGCCACCGACCCCUGAGCCCAGACCCUUUCCUGUCUCACCUCCCUCCCUUCCCGCUGAGCAUCCCUCGGACACUAACUCUUCCCAGAUGAUGACAGUGAAAUUAGUGCCUGUUUUCUUGCAAAUUUAGCACUUGGAACACUUAAAGAAAAGCCUACGUUGAUUAUGGAAUUGAUUUGGAGCUAUCUUCCUGUUCCCCUUCCCUCCCUCCCAUUCUACCUCCCUACCCUUUCUUUUUGGUUUUGACAUUAUCCAUUUCCACCUGGGAAUUUCUGGCGCCAUGCCAGAAAGAACGAGGAAUGUAUACUCCCUUUCUUCAUGAUAUAUAAUCUAUAUUUUUUUAGGAAAACAAAAAUCGAAAAAUCUAACCCAUUUGGGCAUUGUAAUCACUACUCUUCUUUCUUCUUCCCCAUUUGGCUAUCUCCCCAGACCUUCUCUCCCUCCCUCACCUGUCUCCACCACAGUACACAAAGGUCAUAGACAAGGAAGUUGCCAGAAGGCCAAGCUGUUUCUGGAUCAGUCAAGAGCAGGCACCCAGCAGAUAUAGACUUGAGGUACGCGGAAGGUCUUACACACAGAGGAGAUGUGAUUGCAUAUCCUGACCAGACUGUCUGUCUAUGUCUGUGCAAGAGAGUGAGGAGGGGAAAGGAACAGACAGGAGGAGUAGGUCUCAGAAGACACAUGCAGUUCCUCCAGCCCCUUGAGGCUUGGAUUGGCCAGAUGUUUCUGAGUCUAGAGCAAAGUAGCCUGGCCAGAGCUUUCUGUGUUGAUAAAGACUUAAACAUCUGCUUGAGAUCAGCAGGCCGCUUGCCUGUCUGUUCAGAAACUCAGGUGAAGGGCUAAGAUGAAUCUCUUUCCUCUCCCUGCCUCCCAGUGAGGCUUCACGGUCAUGGGAAGUGUCUGGGGGAGGUUUGGCUGGGAGCUUGCCUGUAUGUAAAUGGGACAAACGCACAUACUGUACACUAUCCACAGAUAUAGCCAAGUAGAUCCGGGUAGAGAAUACUUUUUUUUUUCUUCCCCAAAGUAGCGUUUAGCUCAUCUAGGGGGAAUGUGUUUGUAUACACAUUUGCAUAUACCCACACAAGGAUAUAAGCUAAUUUUUUUUUUUACAGGACACAGAAUUUUAUUCAAUACUGUUAAAUAUGCCAAUCGUUUAAUCGCUUCUCUCUUGCUGUUGUUGCUUGUUUGAAGAAAAUCAUGACAUUCCAAGUUGACUUUUUUUUUCAUUUUAAUUAAAAUUUGAAAUUCUGAAUACCCUCUUUUUCCCUAUAACUGAGGUCCUCUGACCCUCUAGCCUUCUCUUUUUCUCCUGCUUCCUAUUUGGGGGAGGGGUCUUCACCUAACUGCCUACUGUCUGGCGGAUGGCAGGUGGCCAGGAGUCUUCACACAAAGGAGGACAGCCAAGUGUCCUGCCUUGGCUAAAUGGCCACCUCUCCUGGGUUUGGGGACAGCCUUGCUGUCCUUCUCAAGUUCAUUGGUGGGUGGCUGCCACCUCCGGAGGUCCUCAUUUCACGGAAUUAGUAUGGGAGGUCCCUGGGGAAGCCUGGCUACGCCAUCCGCUGGAGGGUUUUUGUUGUAUUUUUUUUUAAAUAAAACUAUAAUAUAAAUUCUCCUAUUAAAUAGAAUUAUUUUAAGUUUGAGUGUCAAACAUGAGAUGUGGAGAAUAGAGGAUAAUGUGUAAUUUAAAGAAUUGGGGAGAUAGGAUGGUGACCUUGAAGGUGAUUGCUCUCUUUUUUUUCUUUCUUUUUUCCUUCAGAUUAUGGGUAUUUAUCCUCUAUUAGUACUUAUAUCUUCAGUUCAUUCCACUUUAGGAAACAGAGCUACCAAUUGAAACAAGGCGGGAGAGGAAAAGGUAGACAACAAGAUGUAGUAUGUCUCGCACACAAUGUCCAGGCAAGAGGUGUGGCAGAACCCCAGGGCAGGAAGAUAGUCUAGUUGAGUUUUCUUGCUGUGGAUUUCACUACUGUGCAACCAUCCCCUGUGCUCCUGUCAUUUGGCAAAGGGGGACGGGAGGCGUGGCCUUCUCCAUGAAGCUAUACAAGCAGAGGAGCUGAGGUCAGCAAGCCAGUGGUUUCUAAGAUGUUCGGUGUUUCUCAGACUUGGUGUGUAGGAUUAUCAUGAUGUCAGUCUCAAAGUUUUGCAAGGUGGAGCCCAAGCUCCCGGUCCAACCUGCAUGAGUGCCUUCUGCCAGUCACCCCAGAGCACCUCCAGCAAGGCAACAGGCCAUUCUUGGUCCCUAAUGCGGUCACCCCCACUCACACAAAGAGGGACUUGGGCUAAGGCCCCUGAAGUUGCCCUACAGGGUAAAUCAGCUGGCAGAACCAUCGCCCCACCGGCAAGCCCCUGACGGAGUGUCCUGGGCAGCAAAAGGUCUUUUGCAAAUUGCUCUCAUCAGAGAGCGGUUUUGAGCUUUCUGUAAGCUAAAGCUUUGUUUAUUUCCUCUGUUCACUUACUGUACAAUGUAAAGUCAUUUCUGUAGCCGAGGCACUUCCGUAUUUCAAUCAGAUCAUGAUGGUUUUGUUUUGCUAAAUCUUGUGUCAUGUGUAGGCUUUAAUAUGUGUACAGUGUAUCUAAGCUAGAGAGAGAGAGAGAGAGAAAGAAAAAAAGAAACCCACAUGUCACCAUUUUCCUGAAUCAAAUUCUACAGUGGACUGGACAGUAAAGUACUUCUACGCGGGCAGACAGCUGGACUGGCAAACUGGGGAACUGGAACCCACAAAGACACCUGCCUCCUCUCCGUCUGACUCCCACAGAUUCCCUGAGUAGAAAGGAGGGUGGGGAAGAACAUAUACUUAUGUCCUUGCUUUGUAUCAAGUAGUAUUGGGCCAUCCACCAUUGCCUCUUGUUCACUCUCCCUCUCCAAGUCCUCUAACCUACUCAUUGGAGAAGCCAUGUUUUCUCCUAAAAGUCAUUUCAAGUUCUUUUCUGCCUACUCUGGACAUCAAUUCUGCUUUUCCAUUAAGGAAACUUCCAGGCUUUUUUCUCCCAGGCCAGCACUCAGCUUUGGGGACUCCCUGGUCUUUACCCUGCCCAAGCAAUCUCUACCUUGCCCCAGGAUGACCUAGCCACAGUCCUGGAGCACCGUUUCUCAUGUCACUCAUUCUUUAACAACCAAGGGAACAAAUGACUUAUGGGAAUAGCUCUGUGUAGGAGAUAUUACUGUAGCCUACCCCAGGAGAGGACGCUUAUUAUCCCUUUCUGGCUUCAGCCUUUUCAUUUGGGGCAUGAUAAUCAACAAGGUGGAUUGUCCCCAAGAUGGUACCCAACUGUUUGGCUCUUGGCUACCUAAAGUUAAAA